AUGGCGUCCUUAGAGAUUGAUGCUCACUCUGAUUCUCACAACACACAAUCCACACAUGCAAACACAAAUUCCAAUAGUGAAUCCAAUGCUUCUAAUCCGUAUUUUCUCAAUUCCAAUGGGAAUCCAGGAAAUACUCUUGUCACUCAGCCAAUGCUAGGGAUGAGAAACUAUCAUUCUUGGUCCAGAGCAAUGGUGCUUGCUCUCAUUGCCAAGAAGAAAAUUGGCUUCGUGAAUGGAAAGCUUCCAACGCCAGAUGUUGAUUCACCUCUAUAUGAGGAUUGGCAAAGUUGCAAUACCAUGGUUUUGUCAUGGUUGAUUAAUUCAAUGCCUGCUAAUGUCUUUAGCAGCAUCAUGUAUUGCGAAACAACAAGAGAGAUGUGGCUUGAGUUGAAGCAUUUGUUUUCACAAGGAAAUGGACCAAAGAUCUACAACUUGUAG